AAGAAGAAGAAGAAGAAGAAGAAGAAGAAGAAGAAGAAGAAGAAGAAGAAAAAGAAGAAGAAGAAGAAGAAGAAGAAGAAGAAGAAAAAAAAAAGAAAGAAAAAAGGGGAGAAACUUCACCAGCACACGAAAAUUCAAUUACAUCAAGAGGAACAUUUACCACAGAAAGGAAUCAAAAUGAAUAAUUAAGCCCAAGAAAACGAACAAUAAUAAUAAUAAUAAUAAUAAUAAUAAUGAAGCUAAUUAUUACAAAAAACAGUGGCGAGUGAGAAAGAAAAUAAGAAUAACAACUAUCAACAAAAAACGUGUGAACGGAACUUGAAGAAAAAAUACAACUCUACACAUUCUUCCAUCCACGUUUGAAUACCGGGACAUGUGGGCGGUUCGUGCUACAUGGGCGUUUACUCUCGUCACGGCAGGUGCUGCGAUGGGUGUGGUUACCGUUCCUCGUCUGCCUCCGCCACGCCCACCACAGGGCGCGCGGGCUGGGGAUGUGGAGGCGCGCCUGGACGGCAGCAGCAGCCGGCCGGUGGCGCCCAUCGAGCCACUGAUGGACCUGGGCGGCGGGGGCUUAGCGCCCCCCGGCCCCCUGCAGCCUGUGUUUGACGAGGCAGCGCCCCGCAGCGUGUCCAGCCUGACGGGAGGCACCGCCUACCUGCACUGCGUGGUGCACCAUCUGGGCGGCGGCAGCGUGUCGUGGAUCAGGCGGCGGGACCUGCACAUCCUGACGGUGGGCACGUACACGUACACUACGGACCAGCGCUUCGAGGUGGUGCACGCCGCGGCCUCCCGGGACUGGAUCCUCAAGCUUCGCUACGCACAAGAGAGAGACUCGGGCCUGUACGACUGCCAGGUGUCCCGCCGACCAGUGCUCACCUACAGUGUCCGUCUCAGCGUAUACGCCCCCCGCGCCAGCAUCGUGGGCGCUCCGGACAUGCACGUGGACAGAGGCUCUACCAUCAACCUCACCUGUACCGUCAGCCACACACCGGAGCCUCCCGCCUACAUCUUCUGGUAUCACAACGGCCAGGUGGUGAACUACGAGUCCCCGCGGGGCGGCGUGACGGUGGUGACGGAGAAAGGCAACGUCACGCGGGGCUUCCUGCUGAUCCAGGACGCGCGGCCCUCAGACUCCGGCAACUACACGUGCGCGCCCUCCAACACAGCGCCCUCAUGGCUGCGCGUGCAUGUGCUCAAAGGUGAGACUCCAGCGGCAAUGCAGACAAACGGAGGAGGUCGAAUGGCGGAGACCUCUCUGGGAUUCUUAAGGGUAAGCAUUCCUCUUCUGGCGACGGUUAACCUUAUACUGACGGCAGCGCUGACGGGGGAAGGAGCUGGUGGUCUAUCCCGGGGCAUUGGUACGUGAACACCUCGUCUAAACACCUCGUCUCGUAUCCUUGUGACUGGAUGUGUGGGUACGUGAAUAGGUGGUGACUUAAGCCUGUAUUCACAAACGUCUUGCCCUCUCACUAUAAUUCUCCAAAGCCACAGAGACAUCUAGCCGGGUUUUCAAGGCAGCUUCUCCUUUAAUUAAACUGGAAAUCUUGCCAAUCCAUCUUAACCAUAAAAAUACCCUUAAAAAACACGAGGAAAGCAGUGAUGGUGAGAGAGCGAAGCGUUUAACAAUACGGACCUUACAGUGAGACCCUAAUGAUGGUGGAAUAAUAGAUGGAUAAGUGAAAGGGACGAAAACAAAGGAAUAACGCUGAGAACACGUGACAGGAGGAAGGAAAGGUAAUACGUGGCCAACUCUAAAGUGAAAGGAAAGGUGAGAAAGACAUGGAUUUCUGUGACUAAAGUUUUUUGUGCUGCGAAUCAGUGAAGGAAACAAAAGACUGUGUACCAGGAAAAAUAUGAAGGAGGAGGAAGGUGAGUGUGAGAAAAAAAAUAAAGGUAUCAGUUUCCAAGAGUACGCGGCAACAAAAGCGAAAGAAAGGGAACAUACGAAACGUGUGUGUGUGUGUGUGUGUGUGUGUGUGUGUGUGUGUGUGUGUGUGUGUGUGUGUGUGUGUGUGUGUGUGUGUGUGUGUGUGUGUGUGUGUGUGUGUGUGUGUGUGUGUCUGUGUGGGUGUGUGGGUGGGUGGGCGAGUGUGGUGGAAAUUUAGAAUCUCGACUGCCAGUAACUUUUCCGUGUCCCAAACAAACUGGUACCAAAUGAGUCGCGGUCCGAGGUGGUGUUGCGUGGACAUAAUGCAAUCGAGGAGAAAGUUAGCAGGUCACCAACUUCACACACACACACACACACACACACACACACACACACACACACACACACA